GGUGAGCAGGCAGAGCAUCCUCCGUUAUUCCAGGCAAGACCAGCUAGCUGUUCCGGCAUGGACGUGAGGGUCUUGCUCGGAAACUGGGCCCCUCUCUUCUUCGUCGGCCUGGCCUGUGACGUCAUCGGCCUGGUCAUCCUCUUCGUGGGCAUCUUCGGCGACGUGCGCGUGGACGGCCGCUUCUACGGAGACUUCCUGAUCUUCAGCGGCGCGCUCGUCAUCUUCCUCAGCCUGGCCUUCUGGGUCAUGUGGUACGCGGGCAACGUGAGGACCGUGACCAAGGCGAGGAGGAAGAAGAGCAGCCUGGCUCGUCUGGUGAGGAAGAUCUCGGAGAGGAUCACGCACAACAUGGCCUCCGCAGCGUGCGUCAAGCGCGUGGACAGCGGCGGCGAGGUAGGGGGGGCGACCACGGACCCCCACCCGGCGGGUAAGGUCACGUGGGGCAAAUCCACGGCAUACGACAACGCAGGUUACGACCAUGGUGGACAGGACCAUCACCUGGACCACGAGGACAAGGAGGAAGAAGCGCUGUGACGUCAUCUGGCUAAAGUGCGGCUUGAGGCGUGUAGUGAGGCAGCAGAACAAGUCGAUCCAGCGCAGGAAUGAAGAUGGACUUCCUGUCCAUGAACCCGUCCUUCCACUUGUCAGACAUCAGCUAUGAAGACAUGACGAGCGCUGCCAGUGUGCAAGAAGACAACAGCCGGCGUCCUCCUCAGCAUGGCUCUGGACCCCAACAAAUGCACCGUCCUCUUCCUGUCCCUGGCCGUCCUCCUGGACGUCAUCGGCCUGCUCCUCUUCCUCAUCGGCGUCUUCUCCUCACUGAGCUUCUGGGACUUUUUUGUGCUGUCUGGACCUCUGCUGAUCUUCCUUAGCCUCUUCCUGUGGAUCUUCUGGUACAUGGGCAGCCUGAUGGUACCUGAGGAAGAGCUGGGCCUGCCCAAAAACGACAUCCUGUGACCACCAGCAGGAUGCCGCUAAUGGCGAGUUGAGGAUGAAGCCUCGGCAGGACGAUUACGGCGACAUCCACAGCUCCGUGAGGCUUCAUGGAGGAGGUCAUCCUGAGGGAUCACCAGUGGGUCUGAAGGAGAGGAGGAAUGAAGGAAGCAUGAAGGACGUCAUUUAAGUACAAGUGGACGUUUCUGAUGGGCGUUUGGCAGCACAGAGACACGGUGUUUGUGUUUAUGGUGAUUAUUUCAUGUCAGCACCUUUCAUGUACGUGAAUGAAAUAAUUUAAGCUUGAAACUAAACCUGCUUGCUGAAACCACCGCUCUUGUUUCGAUUCUCCUCAAAUCCUUCGUCACAACUCGUCAAACAGGCGGCGCAAGAUUUUUCCACCAGGAAGGGAAAAAAAACACGACUGGCUAGUCAUGACGUCUGCUCUAUACUACAGUGCUGCCACACGACUGCACUAAGUACACAUGAAAAGCCUGUCAAGUGCAUUCCAGAACAACAGGUGGCGCUGCAAUCCCACUACCUGUCAGACCAUUUCAGCCAAUGACAGGCCUGAGGAAAAGACACAUAGGGUAAAAGAAGGAAGUAAAGAAUUCUUGGAAGCUGGAGCCUAUCCCAGCUGACUGAGGGGAAAGAGGCGGGGUUAUUCCUGGAUUGAUUGACAGUUGAUAGAAGGCCAAUAUCCAUACCUGUCAACAUUUGUAUUGGACAAUAAGGGACAGAAAACAAGGAAAACUCUGGUCCGGAUUGCCUACAGUGAUGUAACUGUGUUAUUGAUUUUAUUUUGAAGGCCUGACUUUACCAGCUACAGGAUCAAUUACAUCGAUGUUGCCAAGCGGUGCUGAUUUUUUUUUUUUUUUCAUGAAGGUUAAAAUACAGGAAACUAUAAAAAGGGGAGGUGCUGGGGAGAAGGACAAAAUGCAAAAGCAGAUGACAUUGCAUACUGUGAUGUCAGGAUACUGCUAAGUGGGCAUUGUCUACAUCAGGGGGUGUCCAAAGUCUGGCCUGGGAGCGUUUUAUGGCCUGCGGCUAAUAAAUAAGCUACUUAAAGGAAAAGCACUUUUUUGGGAAUUUUGCCGAUCAUCCACAAUCCUUAUGUGAGACAUAAACACUCGUCUUUCUCUUUUCUGAAUCUUUAUUUGAUGUAUUUUUCAGUAGUUUGGACACCCCUGGUCUAAACUCUUUCACUCUUUAUACUAUUUUGUCACACUAUGUAACAUUUAUGACUAUAAAACAGUUUCCCACAGGACUGCAAUCUAUUGGUGGUGGUGGUGGCAAAUUUGGACAAUUGUUCUUUUGAGCAAAAACAUGAAAGGCAAAACAAAUAUGUUUGGAAAUACAAAUGAACUUUCUUCUGUUCUUUCCUUUUGUCGUUUAUUUUUUUUUUGCAAGACAAAGCCGUCUGUGAGUACCUUUAGAUGGGGGAUUUUAGAUUUUAGAUUUUUUGCUAGUCGCUUUGUUGAAUAAAAGAGUAUCUAGAGGGGUCUGAUUAGUCGCUAAAUAUAGCAUCAAGGUAGCAACACUGCUCCUUCCUGCUACAUCUUCUUAUUCUCUGGCAGAACAGCUGCGUUGUAAUGUGUUUAUAAGCUCUUAAAUGUCCUAGCGUGAGGGCAUCUCGAGAAGUUUUGUUUGCACGAGCAGCCAGAGAGGACAAGGAGACAAAGCCUCACAAACACGCCCCUUUCUUAGCAGCAUAAAUCAGCACUCAUGGCGCCAUUAGUCCUCUCAUGGCGAGCAUUAUUAAUGGCGUCCAUUUGCUUCCCGGCCCUCGGAGAGGAAGUGGAGGAGAGACGUAAUGGAGCUCUCUUUCUGCAAAGAGAUGCAAAGUACUGCUCGCUCAUCUUUCCCCGAGGGACGCCUUCCUCCUCCUCCUCCUCCUCUGAUGUUUGUUUGGCUGAAUGGUCUCCAUGGUGCACAUACUCAUGAUCUUCCUGGUGUCCUCAUGUUUCACGACACUCUGACUGGCAAAAUCAAGUCUCAUGAUUCGUCAUGGUGAGGUUUGAGUGAUUGACAUCCGUUAGCGUCGGUGCUACGUGUCCUCAGUGGAAACACAAGUGUGGUCCCCACAGGAGCAACAAAGAGCUCCAACAUGAAGACGACAUCGUCUAACAGCAUCCUGUACAGCCGAUAUUAUUGUUAGCUUUUAAGGCGGCGCCACCAGCGAGGUAAAAGGUCAUGGCUGUUUACUGUAGGUUCUCAGCCUCGCCCUUUACGUCAGCCUUUCAGUCUUACAGUCUUACUUACAUGCCGGGAAAUGUCCUCAUAUAAAAUAUCAUUCAAGCCAAUAGUGAUGCUACUAUACCCACUGCAAAUAAUGAUUGUGGCAAAGAUAUCAUUUACACUUUUAACAUGAUUAAAGUGAAGGAGGAAGGAAGGAAGUGAGGAUGUGUUCAUUAUUCUGCUCUGUUGGUAGCACCAUGACAUAACCAUAAAGCACUGUACAUGUGAAUGGCUCCCUCUAGUGGCCACCGGUGAAAUAAAUAUUAAUACAGGUACCGUACGUAAACGUCCCUGAAGGUUUUUUUUAUUUCACAUCCUUAGUACAUUUAGUUCUUCUUUCUUUCAUUUGUUUUGAAGGUUUUGAUCACGUGACUGAGCUCAUCAAUAAAGUUUGCCUGUAUAGUGAUUUGUCAAGUGUUUUCCACUGGCGGGCCGCCACAAAUAAAUCUGGACUGCCAGAAAUACAUUUGUAUUUUGCACAUCAUGGGACUGUCUGUGAAUGGAGCUUGUCGUUCCAACUCCGUACAGUAGAAGGCACUGUAACUCUGCUUCUAAGCACACCUGGUUAGCCGG